AUGGUGAUGGACCCCCCGGGCAAUGGGCCACCGCCUGCAAAGAAGGUCCGCGUGGCUUGUCGUAGGUGUCGAGCUAAGCGAGUAAAGUGUGAUGGAAGUCUUCCAGCCUGUGGGAAUUGCGCGCGCGCAAAUGUUCCCUGUGUCGAUGUGGAUUCUCGGAACAAUGACCUGGCUAUACCCCGCGAUUAUAUCGUCAAGUGUUGCUCGCGCAUCAAGUGGCUUGAGCAGAAGAUUCGGGCUCUAGACCCAAGUUUUGACUUGACCAAAGGCCCCCAGAUAGAUGCGGAUCUUUUUGAGGGCUCAUCACUGCCAUGGCCGCCGCAUCAGAGCCCCAGCAGCGCAGUCAGUGAUACUCCACCGCGCGCAGCUUCGAGUACAGAGAUGGCCAGCGCAGUAGAAGGACCUGCUACAGGGAAGCGAUCCCAUGCCUCGAUGGAAGAAUCAGAGAUUGAACGACCCCCAUCUGUCGAAGCGCGCACAGUAGCCAUGGAUCUGGGCAUGCUCUCGCUGCAAUCCGACUCAAGGCAGAAGCAUUAUCUCGGAUCAUCUUCGGGACUGCUUUUUAUGAAACUUAUCGGGGCUGGUGCUGAUGUUCAAACGUCUGGACCGGCUCCGUCUCCUGCAACGCGCCGACUACGCCGUAUGUCAUCCCCGCAUCGUCCGAGCGGUGUGUAUCAAUCACUUUAUGCGGGCCUAGAACGCGAGCUUCCCUCCCCUGAGGACGCGGAUCGGUUACUGGCAGUUUACUUUCAGUAUAUUCACAUCGACCACCCAUUCCUCCACCCUACUUCAUUGAUUAAUGCGUAUAAUGCACUGCAUGCUUGUGGCCAGCGUGGGUAUGAUCCUGCACGGCUGGAUCAAAACGGCUGGCUUCAUGAUAUCAAGCGUUUCCCUUAUAAUGGCAAAAUGGAUGUGGUGAAUGGUCGCGCAUUCACGCCGAUUUCAAUCUCUUUUGCUGUCUUUCACGUCUUCAUGGUGUUUUCUCUUGCAGCAACCGUCCUCACACGGAAGAAAAACUUUGACCACCCUCCAAUACGAUUUUACCGCAUGGCAAUGCUUGCGGCUUCGGAAUGUUUCUCCAACAUCUCGGUCCCGGCAUUACAAGGGGUCUUACUACUGGCUAUUCAAGGCAUGACUGAGCCUGCUGGCCUUAAUAUUUGGACUCUGGUACAUAUUGCCAUGUCUCACUGCGUUGACUUGGGCUUGCAUCGGGAACCGAAUGACCCAUCUGAUCUUCCUCCUGUUGCUCUUGCGGUCCGUAGGCUUAUAUUCUACACUGUCUAUUCACUCGACCGGUCCGUUUCAACAAUUCAAGGUCGUCCGCUGGGAAUUCGAGACGAGACGUUUGAUAUACGACGACCAACAAUGGAUGACUUGGCGAGCAAUGAUGCCCCAGUCACAAUGGAUGGAGAUCUGAAUGUGCAUCUGCCGUCAGCCGAGUAUCUUGCGUUUACCAUUCGCCGUUCCCAAUUGGACUUAUCUAUCUCCGAAAUAAAGCUCUUAUUCUAUCACCUGCCUUCACAGGUGAACAGCAUUAUCUGGCCUACAGAUCUUGACAAGAUCCAGCAACGUAUCAAAACCGAUAUCGAUCGGUGGCUAGCAGAUUCAUUGAGUGCCGUGCCAAGGCUAGACACAGAGGAAUCCUUGAUCCUUCACUGCGAGAAUCUUAAGCUUGAGUUACAGUAUCACGCUGCAAUUACGCUGCUGUACCAGCCAUCACAAGUCUUUCGAUCGCCAACACAACAAGCUUUGUCCCUGUGCUAUCAAAGCUCAAGCCGGCGGCUGCGUAUCUACCACUACCUGAACAAUGAAGAACAGUUAUACUACAGCUGGCGUAACAUCCAUGGCAUUUUCUCCUCAGGUGCUACCAUAAUCUACUGCAUCUGGGCAUCCCGCAACCUUCAAACUACAAUUCCUUUUGCUGAUGCCUUGCGAGACCUUCGAACGUGCUCGAAUUUACUAAGUAUCGGUGGUCAGUGGUGGCCUUCUGUGCGCAAGGGCAAGGAGAGUUUUGAGAAAAUAAUGGACAUAACUAUGAAGGGAUUGCGAAACCUGGAGAGUCAUCUCAUAUCGCCAACUCCAAUGACCGGGACAAAUCACCCUGCGCCGUCGUCAUUUGUUUCGACUCUAGAACAUGUGGCACCCCAAAGCCGACUAGAGCCUUCGGCACAGAUUUCAGGCUCUCAGGAUGCUCACAUGUCUAAUACCAUGUUACACGGUUUCGAAUCAUCAAUCGACAAUAUUGACCAUUCUUCCCUACUUGGUGAUGGGCUGUCGGCAGACGGUCCGGAAGUUCUUGCCAUCGACCCUGCGAUGGAGCACUUUUUGUCUGAAUAUUUACAGGGAGACUGGGGCUGGGAUCCGUUUUCUGGAUCUUAA